GCAGGGCAGGUCGUGCAGCUAUGCAGAAAGGCGGCUCAGCGACCGGGCGGCUUGGGUGCAGGGCGGCUCGGCUGCUGGGCGGCUCGGGCCCACGGGCGGCUCGGCGGCAGGGCGGCUCGGCUCCCGGGCGGCUCGGCGGCAGGGCGGCUCGGGUCCCGGGCGGCUCGGCGUCGGGCGGCUCGGCUCACGGGCGGUUCGGCUGCUGGGGCGGCUCGGCCAGGAGAUGCAGGGGCGGGGCCGUCAGGUGCAGCGGCGGGCCGUAGGGUGCAGCGGCGGGCCGUAGGGUGCAGUGGCGGGCCGGCAGGUGCAGCGGCGAGGCCGUCAGAGGCGGCGGGCCGGCAGGUGCAGCGGCGAGGCCGUCAGAGGCGGCGGGCCGCUGGGUGCAGCGGCGGGCCGGCAGGUGCAGCGGCGGGCCGGCAGGAGCAGCGGCGGGCCGGCAGGGGAGGCGGCGGAGCCGCGUCAGGGGAGGCGGCAGGGCCGCGACAGGGGAGGCGGCGGAGCCGCGUCAGGGGAGGCGGCGGGGCCGCGUCAGGGGAGGCGGCGGAGCCGCGUCAGGGGAGGCGGCGGGGCCGCGGCAGGGGAGGCGGCGGGGCCGCGUCAAACAGGCGGCGGGGCCGCGUCAGGGGAGGCGGCGGAGCCGCGUCAGGGGAGGCGGCGGGGCCGCGUCAGGGGAGGCGGCGGGGCCGCGUCAAACAGGCGGCGGGGCCGCGUCAGGGGAGGCGGCGGAGCCGCGUCCGGGGAGGCGGCGGGGCCGCGUCAGGAGAGGCGGCGGGGCCGCGUCAAACAGGCGGCGGGGCCGCGAUCAGGAGAGGUGGCGGGGCCGCGUCUGAGGGACAGCGGGGCCGCGAGUAA